AUGACAUACUCCUCUCACACACUCCCAAGGCGGCCCACAGCCGUCCUGCUACAGCCUCCUAUUCCGCUGCCGCCGCCACAACUGCUACUGCUGCAGCUGCUCGUGAUAAUCAUUGUCCAGCUGUUGCUGCCGCAAGACUUGUCCUGUCUACGGCACGCGGCCGCCGCCUCCGCCGCCUCCGCUCGGGCUCCCUCAGCACCCCUCACUAUCUCAAUCUCUGAGCACCAGCAACCCAUGCCUGAUGUAACCGGGCUCCUACUCGCAAAUGAAUUAUGGGACUCGGACGGAUUCAUGACGGGGCCUGACUGGGGUGCGAAAGAGGAAGCUCGCUUCCGUCAGCUGACGUGGCAGCCGGCGCCUGCCGCCACCGCCACCCGUGGCCGCAGCGGCGGCGGCGGCGGCGGAAGUGGUGGUGGCGGGGGAGAAAUGGACGCCCUGGUUUCUGGAAAUGCCGUUUCCGCUCCGGACCGUGCUGAAGGCGGUGAGGCGUCGUACGGCGCCGGAACCGAGGCCGCCAUUACCGCCGUGGGCUUUGAGCAGCCGCAGCCAGCUACAACCUGGAGGGACCACCGUCAGGACGUCGGCAGUAGCUCCGACAUCGUGGACCCAGGUGUUGAACCUGCCAGCCCCCUUACCUUCGGCGGCUUCCCCUUCGGCUACGGCGGGCUCUCCGUGACCACCCCCGGGCAGGUGGAUGACCUCAUCAUCCGGGCCAUAUUCAACCGCUUGUUCAAUUUCCCGUUCUACGGCUACCUCUCGGAGUCCCUACCCAACCAGCUAACCAGGCCCAUAGAUCUGCUGCCACCGCCUCUGCAAGCUCGGCUCAACCGCACAGUGGUGACGCUGGUGGGGUACGACGUUCUGGACAGUACCUCCUCGGGUGAUCUGGUUCCCGCCGGCUGCAUAGGGCCCAUCUACAGCUUCGGCGUCACCGGCGGCAACUGCACCGUCUCCAACACCGACGGCUCCGUCACCUGUUCACAGCCAACCGUACGACUGACGGCGUCGCCGCUGACAUGCAAUCUCCCGUACAGAUCCGGCUGCAGCGUGACGGGGAUACAGUUCCGUACUCAGAUCCCGUUGGGUCCCAAGGUGGGCGGCUACUUGGGCCCGGAGCCGGCUAUCUACCAGGCUGGAGUGGGCUUGAAUCUCACCCGGGUUUGGCUGGGCUUCAACUUAAACGCCCGGAGAAUCUUUCAAGAGUUCGGAGCCAUUAGGUGGUACGCCUACUUGGUUCAGUUUCUGUCCUUCGAGCUAAGUCGUGUAGCCCAGGCGCUGAUUGCCCCCGAGGCCCCACCCGGCUGGCAGAAGCUGCUGAAUAGGACUCGGGCGGAGAAGGAGGGAGGAGGGGAGGGAGAGAAGGGGGGGAAGGGGAAGGGGAAGGACAGGAAAAAGGGAGACGGUGGCGGUGGUAAGGGAGGCGGUGGUGGCGGAGGUAGUGGCGGCGGUGGUGGUGGCGGCGGUGGUGGUGGCGGAGGUGGUGAUGGCGGAGGUGGUGGUGGCGGAGGUGGUGGUGGCGGAGGUGGUGGUGGUGGAGGUGGUGGCGGUGGUACGCAGGCAAGGGUUGCCACCACUCCACACACCGGGGCUCCCGCUGGGCCUCGAGGCGGUGGUGCCCCCCAGCACCCCCUCUCCACUGGCGGUCACGGAUCAGAGGGUGGGGGGGGAGGGCGUGACGCACCCGUGGAAGUCUGGGAUGCCGAAAGUCGACAGCCAAUGCGACCGAAUACGACGGGCCCUGUGGCUGGACUCGGAGCAGGCACGAGGGACAGCGCCAGCGGCGGCGGCGGCGGCGGCGGCAGUUCGACCCUCGCCGACGUGCUUUCCAGGGCCUCCCAACUAGCCGCCUGGCGCAACAACAGCACCAUGAUGGAGCUGCUGACGGAGAACCUCCUGGGCCGCCGCCUCCGACAGACGGUGGCGGCGGCGGCGGCGCAGCCGCCGCCUGCUGCCGGCGGCAGCGGUGGUCGUGGUGGCGGCAGCGGCAGCGACCAAUACGCGCAGGGCACUCUCGGCGGCACCUUCAACAUGCGUGGUGAUUCGCCGGAGGCACUGCUGGGCCAGCCGGAGCGGGACGCAGAGGGCCGCCGAGUGGCCCGUGGGUCGGCGGCGGCGGGUGCGGCAAUGGCGGGACUGGAGGAGGACCUCUGGCGGCAGAUGGACACGGCGGCCUCGCGCAGCCGUGCAGGGGGCUCGACCGCGGGAAGCAUCUGGCAGGUCAGCGGCAGUGGCGGCGGCGGCAGGGGUGGUAGUGGCGGCAGUACGGCACGGGGUAUGGACGCGGCCGGCCGGGACCUGGGGCUGCCGGCGGCGGUAGCGCCUGGGGCCGCCGCUGCCGCCGGCGGCCGCGGCGGCGGCCCCGGCAUAGAAGCUUGGUGGCGAACGUCGACUCCAGGUAAGACGACUGCAACUCCGGCGGAAGCAGCCCCCCCGACGGCGGCGGUAUCGUCGGGUGGUGCUGGCAGCGCAGGGGCUGCUGGCUUGGCCGGUGCUGGCGGCGACGGCCUUGCGGCGAUUCGGCCGCCUGCGGCAGCGCUGCUCCGGGCAGCAGGCUUCACACCCGAACAGGCUUACUCCGCUGCCUCCGCGGCUGGCUGGAUCGGAGACCCCGAGAACCGGGUGCAGGGUGCCGACCGGCAGCAGCAACACCAACAGGAUCUACAGAAUCUACAACAGCCGUCCCGGCAGCAGCAGCAGCAGCAGCAGCCGCUAUCCAGUACUCAACAGACGGGGACGCCUUCCCCGGUGUCAGGUGGCAGCGACUCCGAGUCAAGCCUCAGCCUGAGCUCCGGCUCCGGCUCGGGCUCAAGAGGAGGUGGGCUGUUGACGAUGCUGAGGGCGGCGGCUGCGCGGGCUCUGACGGGGGGUGAUGAGGCGGAGGCAUGGGAGGUGUUGAUGCAGCCGCAAGAGGGGCUCCAGGACGGGCUCCAGGACGGGCAGGAGGCACCCGAUUUCCCCGUAGAGUCCGGGGGUGCGGGCCCCCAGCAAGGGAUGGUGGCGGACGGCAGUGCGGGUUGGGAAGAUGAUGGGGACGUGCGGGAGUGGGCACACGGCGGCACGGGGGAUGCAAGUCAGGAGGACCUGUGGAACUGGAUUCAGAGCGAUUACGAGUAUUAG